AAUGGUGGAGUGAAUGCAACACUGGUGCAAUCACGAGUGUAAAGUGACUGUUAAUAGCGUUUUUUAAUCUUUUAUUCUCAUAAUUAUAUUGCUACUUGGCAAGAAAUGUGUUUGGAGAAAAUGUGUGUGAAGAUGCCUGAAGCCCUAUAGGUGUGUGUGUGUGUGAAGAGAGCCCCAGAGCAUGAGUUAUUUCAGCUAUGUGGGCAGAAUCUUCUCCAACGUCAAAGGUUUCUAUAACGAGAUCAAUGCAGCAACACUAACCGGAGCUAUAGAUGCGGUGAUCGUAAAGCAGGAAGAUGGGACGUACCUGUCCUCACCAUUUCAUGUCAGAUUUGGAAAGUUGGGGGUCCUUAGGGCCCGAGAAAAAGUAGUUGACAUAGAAAUCAAUGGAGAGCCAGUGGAUAUCCAGAUGAAGCUGGGAGAGUCCGGCGAGGCAUUCUUUGUGGAGGAACUGCCUGAAGAAGUAAAUGAGGACUUCCCAGCAUACCUUGCUACAUCCCCCCUGCCCUCUUCCUCAGAUCUAAUGAUGGAGGGGGUGAAGGAGAUGAAGCAGGAAUACCUCAACACGGCAGGGAAUACUAUUGAGGUGAUCCCCCCUCAGACGUCUGGCCCGGAGAAUAAUGUCAGCAUCAUGAUCGAGGAUGAAGAGGGGAGGAAGAAAAAGGUCAGAAGGAAGAAACGACCGGUCAGACGGACAUCUUCCAAUGAGGAAGCAGUUAAGAAAGGCACUGAAAAGUCUGGAGAUGAGAUAUUUAACAUGGAGGAUGUAUCCACUGAUGAUGAAUUGUCCAGUAUGCCAGCCAUUUUACCAGAUCUCUCCCCACGGAUGGGAAAAUCUGUAAGCCUCCCAGUGAUGGAUGAGACCCAGGAAAGUCGCUUUGAGAGAACCAGUCAAUGGGCACAAUCACAGUAUUCCUUCAACCAUCCCUUCAGUGAUACAGAUAUGUCACCAUUAGCUAGUCCAACCAACACUCGUCCCCCUUCCCCUAAGAGUGACACAGAGGUGGACCGCCAGAGGCAAGGGGAGGUGGACCAGUCCAUCCUAUCCGAGGAGGAUAGCACCUUGUGGGAGUGGGGGGACCUUCCACGCAGACAAGAGGAGGAUGUGAAAUCACCCAAAGAAUCCAGCGACAAAAAGACGAGUGAUAAAGACGGAGAAUCCCAAGAGAGCAAGAGUUUGUUUCAAUUCAUGAAGAAGACCAAGGCAGUACGUCAUAAGCCAGAAGGGGAGGGGAUCUAUCUGGAUGACCUGAAUCUGGAGGAGAUGGACCCAGAAGUUGCCAAGCUCUACUUCCCUAAAAGAUUCCACAACAAUAAGUUUGUAUCAAUCAAAGAGAAAACUGAAGCUGAGGAAGACACAGAAUCGGGGCGUGGGGCAUCCCUUCCUGUUUCCCCACACUCUGUAGAGGGUGCUAUUGGGGGUCCACCAGGGGUCAACUUUCUAAAGUCAGAGGUCAAGCACCUUGGAAAUUUCUCCCUUUCCUUGUGCGGUGGACUGAGUGACCCAGAGGGCGUGAACCUGCAGAAGUUCAUGAACGACAUAGUGACAUUUGAUGAUAUUUGUAAAAAUUACAACAUGGUCUCCAAUCCAGACCUUGUGGUCAGAAUUGGAGAAAACUUCUACAAUUGGCAGACUGCAGCCCCCAUCAUCCUCAGCCAUGUCUGUUUUGAUAAAGAACUGCCAGAGGACACCAUGAACAACAUUAUUAAAGAACACAUGCCGAAAAAGAAAGCAAAGAAGAGUGGUGUUUCUUCUUGGUUCUCAUGGCGACGAACAACAACAGAUACCUCAAAUCCCACCUCUUCUGCUAAUCCUGAAGUUGAUACACAUGCUACAAAAUCGGGUGAGAGUUCUACCUCCCAGUCUCCCCCAGUCAGCCAGCCAGGAAGUCCCCGUAAAUCACAGAGGAGGAUCACUGAUGAGAGUCUGAAGAGCGAGGGAAAUGAUACUUCUUGCGAUGACCUUGACACAGAGGACUCAGACCCCAGCGGCCAACCAGCUCUGCCUGACCCUGAGGCUCGCCAUAGUAGUAAACCUAUUGAUGUAAAACCGGUGAAGGAGAAGUUCAAAAAGACCCUCCGUCUUUCCUCUGAACAAAUUAAAAAACUUAACCUACAUGAGGGCCAGAAUGAGAUCUCUUUCUCUGUGACAACACAAUACCAGGGCACAACUCGCUGUAUGUCGCACAUUUACUUGUGGAGAUAUGAUGACAAGAUUGUUGUUUCUGAUAUUGAUGGCACAAUCACCAAGUCUGAUGUACUUGGCCAGAUCCUCCCUAUCAUUGGUCGUGACUGGUCCCAGUCGGGGGUGGCUCAGCUCUUCACCCACAUCUACAACAAUGGCUACAAAUUCCUGUAUCUAUCAGCCCGAGCCAUUGGUCAGUCCAAGGUGACCAAAGAUCUCUUGAAGAGUAUAAAACAGGAGUUCCAUGUAUUACCUGAUGGACCACUUCUAUUGUCACCGACCUCACUUGUCAGUGCCUUCCACAGGGAAGUGAUAGAGAAGAAACCAGAAGAUUUUAAGAUUGCUUGUCUACGUGACAUAGGAGAGUUAUUUCCAGGACUUCAGCCGUUCUAUGCUGGAUUUGGCAACAAAAUCAAUGAUGUGUACGCAUACAAAGCAAUAAAUAUUCCCCCCAUAAGAAUAUUUACGAUAAACCACCGAGGAGAGCUGAAACAGGAGUCGUCCUAUACUUUCCAGUCUUCGUAUUAUAGCUUGACAGAGAUUGCAGAUCAUUUCUUCCCACCCAGAGAACGAUUAGGGGUGUAUGAUAGCCAUUACAGUACCGUCAGAUACUGGAAAAGCCCUCUCCCAAGUGUCUCUGAGACGGAAAUCUCCAAACUCGAGACAGAAACCUCAGAGGAGAAAUGACAACCAACACCCAUGGACAAGCAGUCUGUCUCCGCUCCGGUAAAGAUGCCUCGGUCCCCGUCAUCCUCCAAUGACAGUGUUCUACAGAGUAAUAACAGUUACGAUCUUUUGGAGAUGUUUUCCGAGAGUGACUCAGAAGAGGAUAGGAAACUGACGCAGGCUCUGGAGCCGAGACGGGAAUUUCAAAAAACUGGGAAGUACUGGCUCAUGCCAUUUAGUCUUUACAUGUAAAAAGUUAACAAAUUCUAAACUUUAUAAGGUUUAUUUAGAAUUCUGAAAAAUUUUCUUUAGAUGUUAAAGUCAGAACUUUAAAAAAAACUUUUAAGUGUCAUUUGAAAUUUUUUUUAUGAAAGAUGAUAAAGUCAGGGUAUCCAAAUUUUGUACUGAGAAUGAAGAGGUUGGUUGUUUACCCAGAUUUCAAAACUCCUAUAAAUUAUUUUUGUUGGGCAUUUUUUGGUGCUAGUUAUGAAGCAUUUAAUUUGUUAUAAUUUUGUUUAUGGAAAAUUGUUGUGGAGGUUUUAUCCUUUUUUUUUAAAAUACUUCACGAAAUUUUCAAUCUCCAUUAAAAAUGAAAAUUAUUUUUAAAAAAAUUUUGUUUGAAGAUUUAGUUGUUUCUUCCCUAGAAAUCACAACAAACACUGUUUGUCCAUGGCAGAAUUACUGUGUUCAUUAUAUUUUUUAUUUGAGAUACAUGUACAAAGCAAGGGAACAAUAUUUGUUUGUUUGUACAUUUUCAUUCAUUCUUUUGAGUUUCCAGCAAGUUUUAUGUAAUGGAAAAAUUGCUGCCAGUCAGAAAUUUGAAUCCUUAUCAUGAAGGCAGCUAUAAUGUAAUUCAGUGAGUCAAUUACAGUGUAUAUUUGUUAGAUAAUCUACUAUUAAUGUGAUUUGAUUUGGUAUUGAUAAAGUGCCAGCAUUAAUUUACUAAGUUAGACUUUUGGUUUUUUUUUUUUUUUGGUUUGACUUAAUAUGCUUGUACUGGUGUACACAUAUAAAUCAUUUGGUAAUUUGCACCAAUUGGGUGGUGUGAAGUCUGUAUGUUUUUUCAGUAAUUGAAUGUUUUCUCCAUGUUUAUUUUUUGUGUUAAUGUUAUGUUUACUCUUGUUUUUUUCUGUUACCUUGUGUGAUAAAAAGUGUCAUUAAGGUUUGUUUAAAGUUUUAAAUGUGUUUCCGAUAGUAAUAACGUAGUGUUUCUAGCCAUUAAAUGAUCUCCCAAAAUAUAAAUUCCCAUUCACCUGUUCAAAAAAGUUUCUAGAAAAAUUUAUGAUGCAAAGCAUAGAUACAUUUAAAUUCAAUUUAGAUGCAUUCCUAGGCAGUUUUUAAUGUUAGUAAGUAAAGCAUGUGAUACCUUUGGUGUGAUAAUGAAAUGUGAUUUAUUUAUAGAAUGGUGCAAUUUCAAGAGGUAGAUAAAAAAAAAUGAUCUGAUUCAUGGUGAUUUUUUGUUAUGUGAAAACCAACAAUAUGAUAUUUGUUUGAAAGAAGUUUUAAUCAGUGUUUGUAGGGGAUGAUUGAAGUGUUAAAUAUUAAAUAUAAAAAUGUGAAAAAGUUGCUGGACAUACAAGGGUAUAUAUGAUGCAUAAGUUUGUAUUUGUAAACAUUGGCCAUGAAAUUUUCAUGAUAGAUUGUGAUGUAUUAGAUUUAGACAAAUGCGAGGUAAAUAUUUAUUUAGAUAGGUUAUUAAUUUUUACUAGCUUAACAGAAAACACUGCAGUAUUAUAAGCUCUAGGAAACCAGGAUGAUUUUGAUCAAGCCUAAUGUAUGCUGUCAUUUACUGUUUUGUUGAAAGUGUAGAAAAAAAGGGUACAAAAUUUUUUUUAGGGGAUGGGAAGGGGGGUUGGGGGGAUUUAUGGUUUGAAGAAUUUACUUAGGUUUUCAUUACAAACAGUUCAUUUUUGAUGUCUUUUUUUUAUAUUUAUGUUGAAUAAUUUUGGGAAUGACUAUUGACUUGACUAUUAAGAAUAACUGGUCAUUUGUAAUACUGUAGAUUCCUUAUUUUACGCAAGUACUUAUAAUCGCGAAAUGGCUCUUUGCUGCCAAAUUGCGAGGACAAUAAUUCGUGAAUGGCUGGUUCAUCAAGGGAUUUUAUGUGAAUUUCAGCCCCAUAAAAAUAAAAGUGAGUAAUUUUAUUUCGUGAGUGAUGCCUCUUGCGAAAUAGUGCAAUAAUUUAUUCCUUGUGUAUAUUUAGGAAACUACAGUACUGUUUUAAACAGUGUGACACUAUAAAGAUGGAUACAGUAUUCCAUGAUAUUUUUUUCACUCUUUACUGAACUUGGAAGUAUUAUAGUUGUUGUAAUUUUUUUUAAGACUGAGGCAUUUAAUGUCAGAAGGGGAUGCGACUAAAGUGUCUCCAAAAUUUGUUGUUUAAACUGCAUGCUCCACUGUGCAUGGCUUAUCAGUGUCUAGAUCAUAGUUCAUAUUUGUGCAUCGAAAGUCCAGAGAAACCUUCCUAAUCCAAAAUGUACUACACAAAUUUUGUAUCAGAAUAGUCAGGAUGUAGGGUUGUACAGUGUAAAGAACAGAACAGUGAAGUGGGAAUGAAAUUUAGGUAGUAAUUCAGUUAAAUGGACUGUACAGGUGUUGGAUUAGAAAGUUUUCACUGUAUGAGCAUUUUAGAACGAUUGGGUGGAAAUGCUUGAAUAAAAAUAAUGUUAAUGAUACCCAUUUAGACUAUACUUGCAUAUGAAUAUUGAAUAUAUAAUGUCUCAUCAGUUUAUAUUUCUGAACUAAAAAUCCACAUAUUACUUUAAAGUAUUUCAAGUUUUGGCAAGUGAUUGAUUGGUAUUGUUAUUCUUUUCCGUUGUCAUACCUUGUAUUUAUGUAUGCUUGAUUUUCAGGGACAUUAACAGCUUGCCAUAGAAUUUACAAAAAGAUAGCUUUUCAUUAUCUAUUUGGCAUAAUUAUAUUGAUUGUUACCAUAUUGAGGGUUCAGAACCACUCAGAAACAGUAAUUGGGCACUUGAGGUUGAAAUGUUUCUUAUCAUUUAAUUUCAUUCAGAAGUUCUCAAGCACUUUCUGUUUCUUGAAACCCAGAUAUGUCCAAGAUCUAUAACUCGGACCAAAUAAAAAAAUUUAGUUAAUUUCAGUUUAUGGAACCUUUGGAUUUUUAUUUAAUAGUCCUUUCAGUUUAAGGUAUAGGGGUUUUGAUGUAAUUUUUAAUUUUCAUUAUUUGGAAGGAAUAUUAUGCCAAAUGAAGGGGGAUGUUGAACAACUCAUAUUUCAAGGAUAAAGAGAGUUUAUAAAAGAACACCUCCCAAUAAUGUAGAAAUGUUUUGUAAUUCAUAUACACAUUGCGCUUUAACUGUCUCUAUUAUAUAUUUUCACAGUAUCAUGAAGUUUGUAUACAAUUGCAAGUCAUUGCAAAAAGAAAUUACAUAAAUUUUGUUUUUGAUUAAAUUGUUAUUGCAAUAAAUAUGAUUUGUUA